AUGUUCUAUUCUUAAUAACCUUAAAUCUACUUUCCAUUCUAUUAGAGCCAAAUUUGCUAUCCAAUCUACUUUUGCUAAGUUUAACCUUCAACUGAAAUAUAAUCUGUCAAUUAAGAGAAACUGUUUUAAUAAUCAGAUCAAUUUAAUUAAAAUCCAUAAAGCAAUCACACUUGUGAUAUUGAUUAAGAUGAGAGUUUUAAUUCUUAAAUGGAGAAUGAAAAAUCUAGCUUUAUUACAAAUAAAAAAAAAUAGGCAUUUAAAUCUUCAAAAACUUUAAAAGAGCUUGAUACAACAAAUUUUCAUAAAAAUUUUGCUAAGGCUAUUGUUGCUUAUUCUAUAAGACAACAAUUUUUUAUUUUUAAGAUUUUAGGAGAAUAAAAAGGAUAAGAAUUCCUUGAACUUCUAUAAUCUCUAAAAAGUAAACUUAGUAAUUUGACACAUAUUGUUAAACAUACAAGCAAUCCUGAAUUUUUAAAAACAUUUCGCAUUCUUGGGUAUUAAUAAAUAUUAAAUUUUAGGAUGAAUUUCCUUAAAAAAGAAUCUAUUCAAUAUAUCUACAAUUCUAAAAUCUAAUAAAAAUCUAGACAUUUAAAGCAUAAGAAUAUUAUAAAGAAAACUCUUUUAAGAAUUUGA